AUGGGAUCGGGAGGCUCCAAGAAAUCCUCCGCGAAAGCCUCUGAGCCCGUUGCCGAGACGACCCCAGUCCAGGUGGAAGUGACAUCUUCGGAGAAGCCCUCUGAAGCCGUUGCAGAGAAGCCAGCCGAAGCCGUUGCAGAGAUGCCUGCAGAAGCUAUGGCUGAAGGGCCCUAUCAGAUCGUGGACCCACCUGAGGACUUCGUGGUGGAAGGGCUUAAGGUUUGUGGUGGCGCUGUCGAAGAACAUGGGGACGUUCGCGGCGGGAAGGUAUUGCAGGUUGCCAAGCAUCCGGCGGAGCACAUGAUGCAGUACUGGCUCAAAGUCGAGUAUGGACCUUCGGAAAUCGCUUUCGUUCACAUGCUCAUGAGUUGCGGCUGGAGCUCCAAUCACGUGCUCCGAAACGUUGGAGACGCUUCUUUUCCUCCGGACCCCCCAAGCAUGCCACAGCCAGAAGCGGAUGCUCCACAAGCUCCAGCGGCGGAUGUCGAAGUUCUCACCGGAGAGGAGCUCUACAAGAUCGCGGAUCCUCCCGAAAGCUUUGUAGUGCAGGGCCUCCAGUCCUGCGCCGGAAUGGUUGCUGAACGCGAAGACAUACAGAACGCAAAGGUGGUGAAGGUGGCUAAACACCCGUCGGAGGGCGUCAUGCGCUAUUGGCUUCAGGUUGAGUAUGGAGAUCGCACUGCCUUUGUUCACAUGCUCAUGAGCUCCGGAUGGACUUCCAACCUGCUCAUCGAGGAUGUCGGUGAUGCAGAGUUUCCUCCAGACCCUCGCAACCUCCCUAGCUCCAAGCCCGCGGUGCCUCUGCCGGAUCUGAAGCCGGCCGACUACGAGCAGGAGUUUGUCGACCCGUCUCACCUCGAGGCGAUUGCUACCAACGAGGACUUGAAGAGAGUGUUCCCGGAAGCCUCGAGUGGACAAGUCAGGAGCAUUUGGCGUGGGCCGAGUGGCUUCUGGCUAGAAGUUUCCGCGGAAGCCGAGGAUGAACCCGCCCGCUACGGCGCCCACUUCUUCGAGAUUGAGGAAGGAAGCCAGAAAUACACUCUCACCUGCGCUGUGAAGUUGGCAGAAGGAGAGGACUUCCCUCCCGAGCCCCGUGCUACAAAGGGAAGGGCGGUAGCACUCGCUGCCUGA